AUGGCGUCUGCGUUUCAAAAUGCGUGGCAGUCUGCGCUUGAGGUUGAAAAAGAGCUUAUGAAAAGUCUCGCGGACAAAGAGCCCACGUUUGCUGAAAUCUCUCAUAUCAUAUCGGAACUCCGCAGUGCUUGCCAGAAUGCAAUUCUCCAGGACUUUGAGACUGCGCGCUCCAAUGAUGUGGAAAGCCGCCUUUGGGAUGCCCAUCUGAAGAUAAACACUCGGUUUCGAAAGUUGCUUUCUCGCUUUCGCGAAGAUAAUGGAAAGAAGAAGAAACUGGUCGAGAGGCGAAGGAUUGAGAAACACUAUCUCGAAUUCAUAAAGUCGAGCCAGCGAUUCUAUCGCGGCUACAUUCAGCAACUUGCUUCUCACUUUGGCGGGGUUUUGGAAUUGGAAAAGGUCGCGCGCAAGUUUAGUUUUGACAAACUCUCCGCGGAUCCCCCCGUCACACCGCCAGAGUCUCUUCGCAAAUUGGUCCUGGGUUCAUGCCACGCGACACUAAUCCGUCUGGGCGAUCUGUCACGCUACCGCGAAACCGAAUUAGUGACCAAAGACCGCAACUGGGGCCCGGCGAUCGGCUACUACGAUCUGGCUACAGCCAUCUAUCCUACUUCUGGCGCGUCACACAACCAGUUGGCCGUCAUUGCUCUUGCGGACGCGAACCAUCUUAGAGCCACAUACCACUUAUACAGAGCAUUGGUGGCCCAGGAACCAUACCCUGCAGCGAAAGGCAACCUUGAAAUUGAGUUUAGAAAGGUUAUGAGCCUAUGGGCUAAGAGGGAAUUGAUCGUUCCUGAAGAUGCCGGUAUUCCAGGCCGAGCACUGGCCCCUUGGUUUGUGUACCUUCAUGCUCAAUGCUACAGAGGGGUUGACUUCCCUGAGCACGAUGAACUUGAAAGUGAGGUACUUAAUCAACUGGCUGUUGACCUAAAAGAACGCUCACUUGAAGGGACCUUGCAAAAGUUUUGCUUGAUUAACAUCGCUGCCGAAGACUUCUCUCGCACCCGUUCCGAUGGCGAGUCAGUGUCCAAUGCACGUCUGUUCUUUCAACGGAUCAACGUUAAGACCUUCUUUACGCUGCUUCAAAUCCUGCUGGCCGAGGUGGAGCGAUUUGCGGUCGAAGACGCAAAAGUCGGAGCCGACAAAGUGACCGUCGUUGCGCGUCGUAUUCUUCCUGCCCUACGAAACUAUAGCUCUUGGCUCUUGACUGUCAACCACCAUCUGGUGGCCUACAAUGAGAACGACACCCCACUCGCCGUUCAAGUAAUCGAAUUCUGGAAGAUCUACGCAAACACGCUUACUCUUCUGGCUUCGACAUUUGACGUGAUAAAUCUCCCCGAGGUUGAUUAUCUUUUAGAAGAAGAUGAAGAGACAUUGUGUUUUAUGCCACUCAGCAAAAGCGCCACAAAUCGCCGGUACUUAGACGUGCAGGAUAAGCAGAAGCCCCGAAUGAAUGAUCCAGGGGUGGAAAGAAGCCAUCCCAACAUUGAGAUGCUCUACAGAAUCCGCGAAUUCGUGAUUGAUGGGCUGGAUCUUGUUGUGGGCAACAAAAUCCCCAUUGCCCUUGUUGACGACGAAGACAAGAAGACGUUUAUUUACAAGGAAGAUGGUCUCCCUUCUCAAUUUUUCGCGAGCCCUUCCGGUCAUCGCCAUACAUUAUCUUCUGCAAGCAUUGAACGAGAGGAUAUCCAGCAAGUCAGGCAGGAGGCUCUGAAUGCGGACUCCAGGAGCGCUUUUGACGGUUCGCAAUCCGCUUCCAUCUCCAUGUCAACCAACAUGCAUGGAAUUCUCGAGGGCGUGGAACGUUUAGUUGAAUCAGACACAUACGAAAAUGCUCCGCUGGUUCCUGACCAGCUGGGCUUCUCAGCGGGUACUGAUCACGAGCAACAGCGCCCUGUUUCAGCACAGUUCUUUGAUCCCGUUGCAAAUACUGCUCGACGAACCCCUAUCGCUCCGCCUGGGCUCGGACCCCCUACUAUGACGAACCAUUCCGCUUCCCUGAAUCGAGUUCCGUCCUCUCAAUCAUAUACACCGCGACCAGCUCUUCCUGGAAUCAUGCCCAGCAUUUGGAACACCACCUUUUCACCCGAGGCCGGUGAUGCUUCUCCGCGUACUCCACCAGGCCUUCGACCACCGAUACUUCCAGGAAGCGCUAAUAGCCCCAGCUACCAACAGGCGUCUCAAGACGCUGCGACAAACGACCUAUUGCUUUGCCAGGGCUUGCUCGCACAAAGUCAGUUAGAAAGCAACCCGCUCAAUGGGCAUAGUCCUUUAUCCCCAUGGCUGGCCGCACCAGGCUCGAUAAUGCAUCACCAACGUUCCCCUGUCUCGCCCUGGGAACGAGACGGCUUUGGGCCGACCCCGUUUUCGCAGCAGCCUUUCUCUCAACAGCAGUUUCCUCACCGUGCCACUUUCGAUCUUCCCAGUCAAUCAAUAUCUAGCAGCCUGGCCAACGCCUCCUGGGCCAACGAUGCGUUUCUUGCGAGUACCAUGUCAUCUGGGGUCGGAUUUCAGAGUCCCGGACUUGGCAAUGCUCGCAAAUCCCAAUCAGCUCAGUUCGGCGCUAUUGGCCAGUCCCCACGUUUAGGGCAUGGAGGAUGA